AUGACCCGCCAGGCCAUACAGGAAGCAGCCGGCUCGAGCAGCACCAACACCAUCUCGCAGGCCGAGAUCGACCAUUUCUCGGCCCUCGCCGCCAACUGGUGGGACCCGACCGGCGAGUUCGGCCUCCUGCACCGCAUGAACCCGGCCCGCAUCGACUUCCUCCGCGACGAGCUCCUCCGGGUCGACGAGCUUGACGGCGCACAGUGGCUCGACGGUCGCCAGGUCCUCGAUGUCGGCUGUGGCGGCGGCAUCUUUGCCGAGUCCCUCACUCGCCUCGGCGCCGACACGACAGCCAUCGACGCAGCCGGCCAGAACAUCAAGAUGGCCCAGACCCACGCCGCUCUCGACCCGUCCCUCCACGUCCUCAAUUCGCCCAUCCCCUCUCGCUCCUCUCGCUCCACUUCGUCGCCGCGCAACACGCUCGAGUACCGGCAUUGUGCCGCCGAGGACCUGGUGCGCGAGGGCAAGCAGUUUGACGUCGUGUGCGCGAUGGAGGUCGUCGAGCACGUCGAGGACCCGCGAGGCUUCCUCGAGUGCCUCAUGCAGCUCACCAAGCCCGGCGGACACCUCCUCCUCUCGACCAUCUCGCGCACCCCUCUCGCUCGCCUCCUCACCAUCACGCUCGCCGAGGACGUCCUCCGCCUCGUCACACCGGGCACCCACACCUACCACAAGUACAUCAAGCCGCAGGAGCUCGCCGACUUCUUCGCCGAGAAGGGCUGGGUCGGGUUCGAGACGAGGGGAUGCCCUUACGACCCGCUCACGGGCAAGUGGCGACUGCUCGGCCUCGGCGAGGUCGGCGGCAUCGGCCAGCUCGUCAACUACUUUGCGAGCGUGCGCAGACCUCUGCAAUGAGCAUACCGUGCUCGUCGCAGCUCCC